GCAAUCGGAUUUGUUCUUAUACACCUGUUGCAAGCUUUUGUUUUGAAUUUAAUUAAAUUAAAAUGCUUGUCGAGCCGAAUUGGUUUAUUGUUUUGUGCCUGAUCUGUGCCACACAAUUCGGUUGCCAUGCAAAAACCAUAAAGAAAGCAGGAGCCAGCCUGCUGCAGCCACUGGAUGAGCUAAGCCCUUGGCAGGGUAAAUGGUUUCCCCAUGCGCCAGGCGAGCCGCCCACAGAAGAAGUGCAACGUAUGCAGCUGCAGUCAAAUGCAAUACCUAAAUCAAAAGAUGCAUGGCAAGGCAAGUGGUUUCCUCAAGCUCCUGGAGAGCCCCACAUCUUAAGGAAUGAGCUGCAGGCUAGCUCUGAAACGGAUACGUCUGCUGAAACCACAGAUAGCUGGCAGGGACGAUGGUUUCCCCACGCUCCAGGUAAGGCUCACAAUUCAAAGGACGCUGCUCACCACGGACCAAAAAAGGUGAAGGAGCCGCAGUUCAUCAUUUGUGAUGAUGGAGAGCACAACCUGAGAGUUGAUUACGAGCCGGAAGAUAUACGUCAGAACUACAAUUAUCUGUGCCUUGAAAGCAACCGAAGCCGCUUUAAUCCCAAUUUGAACAAUGAGGCCUUGCUGACGAAACACUUUUUGCCCAGUGCCUACGUGCCACCCGCAAAGUGCCUGAAUGAGUCCAUUGGCUACUCGCACCAGCCAGCCACAAGCGGCGCCUUCCGUCCAUUGCCUGCCGUCUAUGGCACCUACAAGUACAUUCCCCCUCAGCGAUAUAUGCGAAAUCUUGCCGAAGGCGCCAUUGUCAUGCUGUACCAUCCGUGCGCCUACCAUGGCCAGGUGGCGCACCUGCAGAAUAUUGUGGGCGGCUGUCUCUAUAGGCAUCUGAUAACGCCCUCGCAACUGCUGACGCCGGAGCGACCACUGGCAUUGCUGGCCUGGAGGCAUAGUCUGACCAUGUCGGUGGUGGACAAGCAACUGGUGGGCCAGUUCAUAAGAAACUAUGCCAAGCUGGGGCCACUGGCGCUGCCAAAUCUCUCACGCGUGGUAGAGAAGCGCGAAACCUACAAAGCUGCGCUGCUGACUGAAGCUCGACUCGUCACCGAUUUGGAUGACAGCGAGCUGUGCGGCUACUUGGAUUUGCACAUGUGAAACCUGUUAACUAAUUACUGUACUCGAAUAUUCCUUUAUAAAUGUAUAUUAUUUAAUAUUUA